AUGAGGUCCGGCGAAGGAACUGCUCGACCAUCGCAGACUAUUGUCGGCCAGUUCUUCAGUCUUGCUGUCGAACUCAUGGAUGGCGAUGUCGGCGGUGCUCAGGAGACAAUCAGGCUCGUCGUCACCGAGGCUGGACUGUCCUUUAUCAAGGAUGUCAUAGACCGGCAUAUUCCCAUGGAUAACAUCUCCACCACAGGCAUUCGUCUCUGGGAGACGGAGAUUAAGCCACUCUUUCAGCUUGUGACUCAUCCUCGCGUUGUUGAUUCUGCUGUCCUGGAGCAAGAAGUGGCAUCAAUAUUCAACUACCUCGUUGGAGUGGGAGGAGUGAGGAUGAACAAGCUCUUCAACUAUGUCAGCACAUUGUUUCAAAGGUGGCCAUCUUCCACCACGCAAAUUGCUCUCAUAGAGGCAGUCGAGUUGUCUCUCGCGGUGUUGGCCAAGAUGUUGGAUUGCAACACCACUAAUAUCAUCAACGAAGCUUUCUCAACAUACGCCAUCAGCUUGGCUAGCCUCUUGGACAAACCAGCAGAACCAGAAGAGAUGCUUCCUCGUCUUCAAGCCAAAAGGUACCUUGAUUACAUUGGUCAACGUGUUCAAGUUGGCAAUCAGCUGUCAAGCCUGGAGCCGCGAGUUCAAGCUACCUUGACCCAAGAAACUUUCAUUCUGGCAAGAGAUCUUCCUGGCCGCCUAUCUCCUGGAGGGCCUAGACACAACAACGACCAUGCAAGCAUAGUCAAUAUCAAGAUUUUGCCGACGUACGAGGAGAUCAUGUCACCAAGAGAGGAAUAUCUACCGGUAAAUGACUCUUCUCAGUGGCACAUCCCUGGCAUCCGUGGGCGUCUAGACAGGGAAUUUCGCCUGAUACGAGAAGAUACCGUUGGGCAGCUACGAGAUGCGGUUCGCGAGGCCUUUGGACGCAUACGUGGUAUCACUGGCGGUAUCGGUUACCAGACAAACUCCAAUAACUUGCGUACAUAUACAUAUGACUCUGCCACUCUCAUCGACAUGCAGUUCGACGCAAACGCUGGUCUAGACUUGGUUGUUCAAUGUGAUCAGCCUUCUUCCGUUUUGACACUGAGCUCAGGACAGAGAAGGGAUUGGUGGGAGAGAUCGAAACGCCUCCAGGCCGGCGCACUAGUGUGCAUCAUGGAUAAAAGCGACUCCGUCAUGUUCUGCACCGUGUCUGAGUCCACCAUGAGGAACAAAGAUGACAAAAAGCACCGCCUCGAGAAGAAGCCAUCAGAUGACGAGGAGCCCCCAGAAAAGGCUGAACCCUUGACUCUUUCGGAUCAUGACAUGUACUUGCAUGUCAACUUGCAGCUUGUAGAGGCAAAUGAAGACGAUAUUACGCGUGUUCUCCAUUGGUCCAAGAGCACGGGGCCAUCGCGCCAUCGAUAUCUUGUCGAGUUUCCUGGCAUCCUUCUGGCAUCGUUCAAGCAUACGCUUGAUGCCCUUAAGCAAAUGUCCCAGCAACCAAAGAUGCCUUUCGUUGACCUCUUGGCGCCAGAUAACAUUACUGAUACAGAGGCUAAUCUGCAGCCACCUUUAUACGCGAGAAAGGCCGGCUUCACAUUCGACAUCAAAUGUAUUACGCAUGACAACUUUGAGUUUCUCGUUUCCCCUCAACAGCGGCCGAGCCCAAAACUCGUUGAAUCACGAACAGCUCUAGACCUUACCCAGUCCGCUGCCCUCCUGAAUACUCUGUCACGGGAAUUGUCACUCAUUCAAGGCCCUCCUGGUACAGGCAAGAGCUAUAGCGGAGAAAAGAUUAUCAAAGUCUUGCUAGCAAACAAGGGAAAGACUAGUAUUGGACCAAUAUUGUGCGUCUGUUAUACGAAUCACGCUUUAGACCAGCUUCUCGAGCACCUUCUUGAUGAUGAGAUUGACAAAGUCAUUCGCAUCGGAUCUCGAUCAAAGUCAGAGAGACUACAAGCUCUCAACCUGCGAAUGGUGGCCCAAAACAGCGACCGCACACGAUCAGAAAAGUCGACUCUUUGGGAAAUACAACAGAGUUUGGGGGAUAUUGAGGAUAGUAUGAGAGGUUCGCUCCGUCAACUGGCAGCAUCAGAUUCACCACAAGCUAUCAGGGCAUUUCUGGCACAAACAUUUCCUAGGCACCACGGGACGCUGUUUGGUGAAAGCGAAGACGGAUGGGAACAGGUUACUAGAGCACCUCGUGAGGUCUUGCGACGCUGGCUCACAGGUGGCUCGCGCGACAGCUUCCACUGCCGAGAUAUUGAGAUUCUGAAAGAAAUCAGACUUUCUGCUAUGAACAAUGCGGAGCGCCAGAUUCUUCAUAGAUACUGGCUCAACAGUAUCAUGGCCCCAAUCAUUCGCACAAUUACGAGUCUUCAGGAAGAGCACUCCCAGUUGAUAGAAAGGCGGAAUCGGGUGCGCAGUGAUGUGGAUCUGCGCUGCCUCAACCAGGCCCAUAUCAUUGGAGUUACAACAACGGGGUUGGCCAAAAACCUGGCUCUUCUCCGAAAACUACGAUGCAAGGUCAUGCUUUGCGAGGAAGCUGGAGAGGUGUUGGAGGCGCACAUUUUAACCGCUUUGCUGCCUUCGAUCGAGCACGCUAUUUUGAUUGGCGACCAUCUCCAAUUGCGUCCACAGAUUCAAAACUAUGAAUUGCAAAGCACAAAUCCUCGGGGUAAACAGUACUCUCUGGAUACGUCUUUGUUCGAGAGAUUGGUCGAACCGCCGCACCUGAUGGACCUACGCCUUCCCUUUAGCACAUUGGACACCCAGAGGAGGAUGCACCCGUCCAUAUCUGAACUUGUACGAUCAACUUUAUACCCAUCUUUGCAAGAUGCCGAGAACGUCAUGAUAUAUCCAAAGGUGGCUGGUAUGAGAGAGCGUCUUUUUUGGCUUCACCACGACCACCUAGAAGCCGGUGCGGCCAGUCACGACCCCCUGAAUACAUCCCAUUCCAACGAUUUUGAAGUUGAGAUGACCGUGUCUCUCAUCUCUCACCUCGUUAAGCAAGGAGAGUAUUCCCCAGAUGACAUUGCAGUUAUUACGCCGUAUCUGGGCCAGCUACAUAAGCUACGGCGCCGAAUGGAGCAUAUGUUUGAGAUUUGCCUCAAUGACCGCGACCUUGCAGAACUGGAAGAAUUCGAAAUCAAAGGCUCAGCAGCUCCGUCCACUGUAAAGGCAAAACAGUCUAGCAAAACAACACUUCUCAAGAGCGUCAGAGCUGCAACCGUUGACAACUUCCAGGGCGAAGAGGCAAAAGUCAUCAUCAUCUCUCUUGUGCGGAGUAAUUUGCAAAGGAAGUGUGGAUUUCUCAGCACUUCCAACCGCAUUAAUGUUCUGCUCUCCCGUGCAAAACAUGGCAUGUACAUUAUUGGAAACUCGGACACUUACUAUAAUGUUCCCAUGUGGCAGGAAGUCAUUGACAUGCUCACCACGAGCGGCCGAUUGGGCACAAGUUUGGAGCUUCAGUCGGGUGCAACUUACCCUGCGAUAAGAGACUUCACUGUGGCCAUUCUUGCACUGGAAGGUGUCAUUCGGAUAUUCUGCAUAAUGUUGUCUUUUGCCAAGAACCUUGUCCUCGGCCUCAAAAAGGUUGCGAUCAUGCCUGUCCUCGACGAUGUGGUGACGCAUGUCCGCUCAAAUGCUCUGUUCAAAUAA